GCGGCGGCGGGAGCGCGUCCCGUCCGGGUCCCGAGGAGCCACCGCCGCCGCCGCCGCCGCCGCCGCUCGCCAACAUGGCGGACCUAGAGGCCGUUCUGGCCGAUGUCAGCUACCUGAUGGCGAUGGAGAAGAGCAAGGCGACCCCCGCCGCCCGCGCCAGCAAGAGGAUCGUCCUGCCGGAGCCCAGUAUCCGGAGUGUGAUGCAGAAGUAUCUUGCGGAGAGAAAUGAAAUAACCUUUGACAAGAUUUUCAAUCAGAAAAUUGGUUUCUUGCUAUUUAAAGAUUUUUGUUUGAAUGAAAUUAAUGAAGCUGUACCUCAGGUGAAGUUUUAUGAAGAGAUAAAAGAAUAUGAAAAGAUUGAUAAUGAGAAAGAUCGCCUUCAUAGAAGUCGACAAAUUUAUGAUACCUAUAUCAUGAAAGAGCUGCUGUCUUGUUCACAUCCAUUCUCAAAGCAGACGGUAGAACAUGUGCAAAGUCAUCUAUCCAAGAAUCAAGUAACAUCAACUCUUUUUCAGCCAUACAUAGAAGAAAUCUGUGAAAGUCUUCGCGGCGACAUUUUUCAGAAAUUUAUGGAAAGUGACAAGUUCACUAGAUUUUGUCAGUGGAAAAACGUAGAAUUAAAUAUCCAUUUGACCAUGAAUGAUUUCAGCGUCCACAGGAUCAUUGGGCGAGGAGGCUUUGGUGAAGUAUAUGGUUGCAGGAAAGCAGACACUGGAAAAAUGUAUGCAAUGAAAUGCUUAGAUAAGAAGAGGAUCAAGAUGAAACAAGGAGAAACAUUAGCCUUAAAUGAAAGGAUUAUGUUGUCGCUUGUGAGUACAGGGGAUUGUCCUUUCAUUGUCUGUAUGACCUAUGCCUUCCAUACUCCAGAUAAACUCUGCUUCAUCUUGGAUCUGAUGAAUGGCGGCGAUUUGCACUAUCACCUUUCACAACACGGGGUGUUUUCUGAGAAGGAGAUGCGGUUUUAUGCCACCGAAAUCAUCCUGGGGCUGGAACACAUGCACAAUCGGUUUGUUGUGUACAGAGAUUUGAAGCCCGCAAAUAUCCUCUUGGAUGAACAUGGACACGUUAGGAUAUCAGAUCUCGGGCUUGCCUGUGAUUUUUCCAAAAAGAAGCCACAUGCGAGUGUUGGCACCCAUGGGUACAUGGCUCCUGAGGUGCUGCAGAAGGGGACAGCGUAUGACAGCAGUGCCGACUGGUUCUCGCUGGGUUGCAUGCUUUUCAAACUUCUGAGAGGUCACAGCCCUUUCAGACAACAUAAAACCAAAGAUAAGCAUGAAAUAGACCGGAUGACACUCACCGUGAAUGUGGAACUUCCAGACACUUUCUGCCCUGAACUGAAGUCCCUUCUGGAGGGUUUGCUGCAGCGAGACGUUAGUAAGCGGCUCGGCUGUCACGGAAGCGGUGCACAGGAACUAAAAGAACACAGCUUUUUCAAAGGCAUUGACUGGCAGCAUGUCUACUUACAAAAGUACCCUCCACCCUUGAUUCCACCCCGGGGAGAAGUCAAUGCUGCUGACGCUUUUGACAUCGGCUCGUUUGAUGAAGAGGACACCAAAGGCAUUAAGCUUCUUGAUUGCGACCAAGAACAAUACAAGAACUUCCCUUUGGUAAUCUCUGAACGCUGGCAGCAGGAAGUAGCGGAAACUGUUUAUGAAGCAGUAAAUGCAGACACGGAUAAAAUCGAGGCCAGGAAGAGAGCUAAAAAUAAGCAACUUGGCCAUGAAGAAGAUUACGCUCUGGGAAAAGACUGUAUCAUGCAUGGGUACAUGCUGAAACUGGGCAACCCAUUUCUGACUCAGUGGCAGCGUCGAUAUUUUUACCUCUUUCCAAACAGACUUGAAUGGAGAGGAGAGGGAGAGUCACGACAAAAUUUACUGACAAUGGAGCAGAUUCUGUCUGUGGAAGAAACGCAAAUUAAAGACAAAAAAUGCAUUUUGUUGAGGAUAAAAGGAGGGAAGCAGUUUGUCUUGCAGUGUGAGAGUGAUCCAGAGUUUGUGCAGUGGAAGAAAGAGUUGACAGAAACGUUUACAGAGGCCCAGCGGUUGUUGCGACGUGCCCCGAAGUUCCUCAACAAGUCUCGAGCGGGCGUUGUGGAGCUCUCAAAGCCACCCCUAUGUCACAGGAAUAGCAAUGGCCUCUGACACCCAGGACGGGGAGGGUCCCGGGAAGACGGUGUGUGUGUUCCUCGAGCAAGUCCACACCGGGUGCUUUCAGCCCUUGACAUGGAGCUGUUUGGCGAGCGAUGAGGAUGAGAGGAUGGAAUCACUGAAUCACUUACCUCCGGGUUCUUCCUCGGCUGUGAAGACCUAGGACACCGAGAUACUCCUAGUAGGAGUCGUGACCAUUCUCAGGCCCGGGGUCGGCCUCCCUCCCCUCCCCAGGGCCCCCCACCACCAUCCCAUGUGUCCACACUCAAAACUACUGAAGAAAAGAAAGUGUUCUUCUUUACUACACACUCGUUUUGGUAUACAUGAAUCUAGAACUUGAGAUGACUCCGACUUACCACUUCAAUUUUUAUGCCCCAUGUCAAACAUAUCUUAGACUUGCCAACAUGGAAUUGAACCGUCUACAGUGUUGGGUAAUAGCUUGCCCUAGUAUUGCCAUAUUUUAUCUAUAAACAGCCACUGCUGACCCUAUAUGUCUUUGCUCCAUACUACUGGGGGAUAGGAGACCAACCGUAUUUCUUCUGUGCACUUCAGAACCGGCUUCUUGUCCUGGGGUUGAAAUCUGCAGAUCUUUUCUGAGAAGGUUGCACUUGGGCCCUCACUGUGUGCUGCACCCACAGGUACGAGUCCGCCUCUGCCAGGGAGCUCUCAGAUUCAGCUGGGAACAGACGAGCGUGCCCUCAGAGGACGGGGGAGUUACUCAGAAUCGAAGGCGUUCAACAGACCCCUGGAGAGGUUUACAGUGAUUCUGAACUCCGGAGAGGCGGCAGAGUUUUAACUUUCAGGGCAAUAGUGAUUUUCAGAAAUCUUUAAGGAAACAGCACUUUCAUGUUUCUGGGUGCACGUGAACGUUUGAGGGUGAGUCUGUGUUGGGUUUCAACAUUGGACAGCAAGCCGAGGUGUGACACAGUAACUCUGGUUCCUUCUGCCUGACCUCAGAAAACGUAUCAGUCAUGGACGUGUAUAGGAAGGAAACUCUUUUUACCUUUUAGUAUAAUUUAAAAUGAAUUUUAUUGAAAAAAGAAUGCUGAAGGAUGAAUGUGUCAAAAUGGGUUGACUGCAUAUUGACUUUUAUGUUGUCACUUAUUGUCAUUAGUGAGUCAUACUUUGCACUGGGUGGGUAGUUCUGUGACAGUGACAACAUUAGCGCAUAAAGACUAUUUGCCUAAUUCCAAUGUCAUUCUUUCCCCCCGUUUUCUUUUCUCCUCUUCAUGCCCCAAAUAAAUGCUGGCUCAUAAGACACCCGCGUGUUUUCCCAGCAAAGUUCUCCAUAUCAUCAGACUAACAAUAAUAACGAUAAUUUGUUUAAGUCCACUUAUUUGUGCUGUGCAAUUUUAUUGUACGUUUCUACGUUAACUACUGACAAUAUACAUAACUUGACACCAUAGUUAUCUGCAUCCCUUCCUUGAUGUUUUCAGUGGGUCUAAAUCUUUGUUUUUUAUGUUUGUAUGCUGUGUUCAUUGGGAAAGUAAGUACUUUUUAAUGCAAUUCCAUUUUUGAGAGUUGCGAAGAUAAUGAGUCUUCUACUUCACAGGAGUUACUUUGGGAAAGAAAUGCAGAGGGUCACUGGCCAUCUCAACUACUAGGUGGAGUUGAAAUUAACAUACAUGUCCUACUGUCUGCUGUUUCCAGUAUAGGAGGAGGGUGUGCUGUUUACAUGCAUUCCUGAUUUUAAAAGGGAAGAAUAGUGUUCAGAUUGUUUAGGAAAAAAAUACCCCACAAGAGACAGAAGAGCAGUUGUUCCAGAGUGAGUGUCUUCCCAGGGAAGGUCAAAUACAGCUGUCGCUGCUGUCGUCGUCACAAGUGCUCAGCACGCAGAGUUUGGAAGUCGCAGUGCCUCGUGCAUCUGGACAGAGUGUGUGGAGAGGCCCGGGGACCCCCGCAGGGCCUGGGCCUAGCGUCUCCCACUCUUAUCUAGGGCAUUUAGCUUCACUGAGUCGCAGCUCUGUGAAAAAUCGAAUUUUCGCUCUGGAGUGGAACAUGAGGUUAAUCUCUUUUAGAAAUUUAGAAAUUUCUCAAAAGAAAUACGAAUUGGAAGGUAGCUCAAGGGCCCUUUUGCCUCAGACUUCUUCCAAGUAAACUUUUUCACUACCCCCAACUCACACUUGGUUCACACCGACACGCUGGGAAGGCCGCGAUAUAGAUGGACUUUAUUGAAACGACUCUGUAGGAUGAGCGGCUCGCUGGGGCCGUCUCUGGUUGUGCCGCGUCUGGUUUGGCAGUCCUGGAGAGGCCUGUCUUCUACCCGAACUCCUGAACCUGUGCCUACAGCUGUUCUGGUGGGGUAAGUGUUCCGGCCGCCAGGCGGAGGCCCCUUCUGGGACCCUCCUGGGCCAGCGCCUGUGCCUGCCCCGUCACUGAAGCCUGUUGGCUCAGAGGUCUUGGUGUACGCGGCUGUUCUCGAAGGUUUGAAGAAUUACAUCAUCCCUAGAUGUUUGACCCUUCCUACCUUUGGACCAUUACAAAGGACAAAAUUCUGCACAAGUGUUCUCCUUAUUUUAGAUUUAUAUAGUUGGGAUAUUUUAACAUUGUCAAAGAAGAUAAUCGAAGUUGAUAUUUUUAUAAAGUUAUGUUCUAUGUUGUUUGACUUCAAAAUUCAAAGGAGUCAAUAAAGCAAAGCCUAAAAAAUAAUAGAUUAUUUUAAGCUGCUAUCUAACAUCUAUGGAAUAAAUUCAAACUUUUGUGAAUCCAAGGUUGUUUUUUUAACAUAAAACAUUCUCUUUGGUGCAUUUGUCCCCUCCUGUCUUUGGGACUCAUGGCUUUUUCUUCUAUAUCAUGUUCAAGUAUAACAUUUCAGCAAAUCUUAUAGAAAUUAGCUGAUGUCAGUGUUUCACUCCUCAUGCCUCCGAGUGGUCAAUUCACUGACAUUACAGUUUCAAAUCUGUGUGUAAAAAGAAGGAGCGCUGAGGAAAGGAACCAUUCUGCUCAAGAAAGACCAAUAAAACUGAAAAAAAAGUAAAUGGAGGGAGGGGCACAGCAACAACAAAUAGCAAUCUGUUUUAAACUAGAUUUAGCUUGAUUUGCAGUUGGAAAUAUACCAUAUGGAUAUUAGAAACAAUUAUUCUAAGGCCCUCACCGGCCAUUAAAAAAUAUCAUUUACCAAUUGACAGUGUAAUUUAACUAGAUUAAAAAGAUCAAAGUGUGGUUUUUCUCUAAUGAUUUUUUUUUCUUUAUUUCAGUCAGGAUUUAUAGUUGGGCCAAUUCAAUACAUUUAACUUUUCGGUUGAAUUGAUUUUUCUGAUGUUGCAAAAUGUUAACAUACCAAGAAGGAAGCAAAAUUCUCAAAGUUGGACUUUUUUUGCAUGUUGUAAAUCUAUAAAAAAUACCUUGAAAUGUGCUUGUGUGAGAUAAGACUUAUCUUGGAUGAUUUAAUCAUACGUAAUUUUUUUCUCAGUUAUGUUUCAAGGACUGUUUCAGUGUCUUCAGAGAUGCUUGACAAAUUAACUUCUCCCCACCCCAGGGGACUGACCCAUUAUUUGUACCCGGAGAGAAAUUGGGCUCAAUUGGGAUCUGUGACAGUGGUGGCCCAGAGGUGGGUGAAGUAGGUGUCACAGAGAGAAUAGUAGUAGAAAUGGGGCAAAGGAAGAAAGGAGUUAAUUUGUUGGUAAAAAAAAAAAAAAAUCAUUCCGUUUACACUAUAAAGCACCCCUUAUGACAGAGGAGUUGAAUAAUAAUAUUGUUAAACUUGGUUGCUUUAGUUUUCAUUAUGGAGCUGCUGAACUACUUAAGAGGCCAUUUGCUUUCCAUUGGGACAUUCUGUGGAAAUUUAGUUGCUACUGCAUGCAUGUCACCCAGCAGUCUUGGGGAAGGUGCCCUGGACCCAGAGCUAACACCAUGUCUUGGCGUGUGUGCCCUGCAGCCACGGGGAGGGCCACGGGUGGCAUCUGGGUAGCUGGCAGAGCACUGUUGGCCAGUUUCGGACAUUGUUGCACAUCCAUUGAGUUCGCAAUAAAACUAGAAUUCCAGUACCGGGCUUGCUGUUUAAGCCACACCCAUUUCUAGAGUGAGCUUUAAUCGUUUAAAAUUUCAAAAUUUUUUUCCUCAAGUUCUAACAUCAUUUUCCCUUCCAGAAAGGCUUGAAUUAAUUACUUAGAUUCACAUUAAUAUGAUUUUUUUUAACGCAGGCCGCAUUUUAAAAAAUUUUAUUGUAGCAUUAACGAAAGUUGAACUCUAAAAUGAUACUCCUUUGGUUUCCUCAAGACAUAAUAGACUUCAGAUUUCCUGUGUCCUCAGAGACUAAGAGCUGGUUUUUUUUUUAUAGCAGAGUAUGUGUGACAGGAUGUCCACUCAGCAGCAACCGAAGGCCUGGAGAGACACGAAUGGCCGGUCACUUUGCCAUCUCUGGGGACGUGUCCUGACGUGGCUGAGUUAGAUUGAUUGAUAAAUGCAGCACCCCACAUUUUAAAUUGCCUUUAUUUAAACACACACAUGCACACACUACAGAAAGGGGAUUUGCAGAUAAAUGCAUUUCAUUAAAACAUAGGAAAAAACCCUACAUUUUAAAGUAAUUCAUAUUCUUACAGUAGAGUUAAUGCUCCUAUACCUAACAAUCUCAAAAUCACUUCUGAAAACUGGUACCUAUGCUUCCAUUUUUCAUUUUGUCCUAUAAAAUACAAGGGAAGGUAAUGGAGAAAGGUUUCUAAUCAUGUAUUCAUGUUACAAAGGACUUGAAAUUGAAUUCGUUUCUUAGUUGAUUGUGUUCCAUGAUGUAUAUAAUUAUAUGUGGGUUUAUAAGCUAAACACUGGCCAUUUUUAGUUCUAUUGUUAAAUUGUAUUUUUCUAUGUUUUAGCAAAUUAUAAUAGAUUGGGCUUUUUCUGAGUAACAAAGAUUGCUAAGCCAUAUAUAUAUAUAUAUAUAUAUAUAUAUAUAUAUAUAUGUAAAAGAGAGUUCUAUUUUAGCACAAAACCAUUUUCUAUUUAUUGACUCCUUAAGUUUGUUUUCAUCCAAAGCAUUCCUUAUCAUUUCUGCUCCUUUUUAUUUGUAUAGUUUGUUAUUUAAAGAAAUGGCAACCCUUUCUGUUCUUCACAAAGUAAAAUUGAAGUCACGCAUACAGCACCGUGGGGCCCAUGUGUCCUCUCACUGCCGUGGACCGUUCUCAACAGUAGCUCGUCGUGGGGGGUCUGUGCUGAGAGCCAUAUGCACUUUUCCGUAACAUCUGACAGCGAACUCGCUGUGAAAUACCGCUUUCAUCUACCUCUUCCAAAGGCCUCCUCAUGCUUUAUUCUAGACUGGCUACAUUAUAAAAGAACGUCAGUAAAGCAUUUCACUGUCACUCCCUGGUGACGUAGAUUUGCUGUUAAAGCCCCAGCCAUGUGUCCGGGCCCCAGUGAGCGGGGUGGGUCAGUUUCCCUUCUAGAUGGUUAUCCUUCGGGAGCCGAGGUUCGCGCAGACCAUCACUCGUCUUGUGCCAAAUCUCCACAAUCAGUCUUGCCAUCGCCUCAAGAUUUGACCAUUGCACCUGACUCAUCAAGCACUUCCUGGAAAGUUCCUCCUGGGUACUCUUCUUUACAGACGGCCAGGUGGGCUUAAAAACCCCACUUCUGGGAGACGCUCAUUUGAAUGUGACUUUUUUCCCCUUGCUGUUUCAAGAUGGUUCGAAAAAUGAGGUUACAGAGGCAAAUGCCCUCAUGUGUGAUGAAAACUUGGUGACAGGUCUUAUUUUCGAGCUGACCCAUGAGGAUUUGUGUGCAACGAAGAUCAGACCCACGAGAGGGGUUUCCUCCUCCCACGCUGAUGUUUUGCUCUGCCUGUUUUGCCUAGUUGCAGAGCGAUCCAUAUAGUAACAUAUUCAGUAUAUUCUUGGCAAAGUGUAAUACCCUUAAAAAAAGUCCGUUUUCUAUUGCGCAUUGCUAUACAAAGUGAAGCCAGUGAGUCAGAUAUUGUCAAUCUAGAUAUUAUUGUACCUGUGCAAUUAUCGUUGGUUUUUUAGCUCUUUUCACAUUGAUUGUGCCCGUGGUGUUUUAUAGUCCUGCCUCAGUAUGCAUUUAUCAGUGCACGUUUGAAAUUGUAUUCUACUGAGAUGCCGUUCACGUCUGUGUCACCCGCCCUGUGUGUGGUGUGUCACCGUCAGUAUCACCAUCUUUUACAGUUAUUUUGGAGCAGCUAGGCUGCUAUCCUGUGUUGAUAAAUUGCUUAGAUAAAUCUCAAUAAAAAGGCUCUGUACAAAGAUACCUAC